UUUUGCCCUUCACAGCAUAAACCUUCAAGGCUUCAUUAGCGUGACGCUCCAUCAGAUUUGCUCUCCACUGACAUCUGACAGAGAAGCUGCAGAGAGAGGGAGACGCAAGUACACCUUUUAUUUGGCCGUUAACGGCUAGAACCAAGCCAAAUAAAACUGAACAAAACUCCCUCUUCUCCCCCUCUCUGUUGAAGAGAUCUUGUGUGUGGAGAGUGAAAAACCUCGCCGAUUUUUACUGUUGUAUUCGGUUUGUUCUUUCAUCUUGGAGAGCUCGAGAUUUGAAGAAGGUAACACCCUCUCACCUUCAGAUCAGAGAGUAAGAGAGAGAAUUAGAAACGAUGGCGUUUUGCUUGAGAAAAUGUAGAGGAUAUCUUACCUGAGCUACAUUGCUUGCUUCGACUGUGUUCACUUACCGUUUCAUGACAAUGACCCAUGCUUUAGACUGUCGAGUAAAAUGAUGGGCCUAUUGUCUUUUAGGCAAAUACAACAACCUUGUUUUUAACAUCUAAACCGUCUUGCAUUACAGGAAAGCAAGUGCACCAAACAAGUGUGGAGUGGAGAAUGGGAUCAAUUAGUAAGGAAGAGCUGCUGAAGAUGGCGAAGAUGCAAAUGGCGAGUGCCCGCGAGGAGAAGAUUCUUGUUUUGGUGAGGUUGAGGCCUUUGAGCGACAAGGAGAUUUUGGCAAAUGAAGUUGCAGAUUGGGAAUGCAUCAAUGACACCACCAUCUUGUACCGGAAUACCCUUCGUGAAGGCUCCACUUUUCCAUCAGCUUGUACUUUUGACAGAGUAUUUCGAGGUAACGACACUACAAGGGAAGUGUAUGAGGCAGGAGCCAAGGAAGUUGCCCUUUCAGUUGUCAGUGGUAUUAACUCAAGUAUCUUUGCUUAUGGGCAAACAAGCAGUGGAAAAACAUACACGAUGAUGGGAAUUACUGAGUAUACAGUGGCAGAUAUAUUUGACUACAUGCAUAGGCAUGAAGAAAGAGCAUUUGUUUUGAAGUUCUCAGCAAUUGAGAUAUACAAUGAAGCUAUUAGAGAUCUUCUUAGCACAGAUGACACCCCACUUCGACUGCUGGAUGAUCCAGAGAAAGGGACUGUAGUGGAAAAAGCCACUGAGGAAACACUAAAGGACUGGGAUCAUCUGAAGGAGCUUCUUUCUGUUUGUGAAGCUCAAAGACGGAUAGGGGAGACCUCCUUGAAUGAGAAAAGCUCCAGAUCCCAUCAAAUCCUUAGAUUGACAAUUGAAAGUUCUGCUCGUGAAUUUUUAGGCAAGGAAAAUUCGACCACUCUUUCUGCCACUGUUAAUUUUGUUGAUUUGGCAGGAAGUGAGCGUGCAUCUCAGGCACUAUCCACUGGAGCAAGAUUGAAAGAAGGCUGCCACAUUAACCGCAGUUUACUGACUCUGGGAACGGUUAUUCGCAAGCUAAGUAAAGGGAGACAGGGACACAUCAAUUACAGAGAUUCUAAGCUGACACGGUUAUUGCAGCCUGCAUUGGGUGGCAAUGCUAGAACUGCCAUCAUCUGCACAUUGAGCCCUGCACGUAGCCAUGUUGAGCAAUCUAGAAAUACUCUUUUGUUUGCUUGUUGUGCAAAGGAAGUUACUACAAAAGCACAGGUCAAUGUGGUCAUGUCUGAUAAGGCAUUGGUUAAGCAUUUGCAAAAAGAAGUGGCUAGGUUGGAGAGUGAGUUAAGAAGUCCUGCCCCUGCUUCCUCAACUUGUGAUUAUGUAUCACUACUGAGAAAGAGAGAUCUUCAAAUUCAAAAGAUGGAGAAGGAGAUAAAAGAGUUGACUAAGCAAAGGGAUCUUGCUCAGUCUCGUUUAGAGGAUUUGCUGCGAGUGGUUGGAAAUGGUCAAAAAUCAAGAAAAGAGAAUGGGAUCAGUCAUCAUCAUAAUCCACAAACAGGAGAUGCUUGGGAAGAUGAAUGUUCAGUAUCUGAAUCAUCAGGCAUGGGUGGUCCUCAUUAUCUGAAUGGAGGUGUUGGAAAGUUCAACAAUGCUCGUUAUGAUGGUGACACUGGGAGCAAUGAUGAUGAGGAACCUUACCUUCAUGACAAUACAGAUGACCAUGGUUUAUCUGAUGGCACUUCUCCUCCAAUGUCAAUAGGAAAGAAGAUUGUCAGAUACAAUUCAUCUCAGAGUCUGGAGGAUGCUGCAGAAGAUGCUGAUGACUACUGCAAGGAAGUUCAGUGUAUUGAAAUGGAAGAAACAAGGAUCAGGAGCAAUUUUGAACACGAUUCGGUAUCAAAUGGUGAAAAUGAAGGAACUUUGACGUUGACAGCAUUCAGGGAAGGAGCCAUAGGGCAAGGAAUAUCUACUCCUGCUAAUGGAGAUAGAGAAGGAAGUCACAUGCAAAAUGGAUUUACAUAUGAUGUGUUGGAGCAGAGACUGCAUCAUGUGCAAAGGACAAUUGAUGCUCUUGUGAGUCCUUACCCUGAUGAAUCAUCUCCACAGUCAGUAGCUGAUUUGACGACUUCUAGAAGCCCCAACUUAACAAGGAGCAGGAGUUGUAGAGAGAAUUUCAUGAGUGGCUCCUCUCCUGGAUUUGAGAAGGCAGAACAAAUUGAGAGCACACCACCAAAUGGAUUCGAGAAAAAAUUUACCGGGAGGCCAGCAGGAUCUCGAAGGAAAAUUCCCCCGCUGGAUUUCGGUACCAGUGGUACAAUGUUGUCGAGAAAUGAUUCCCAGUCAUCUCUUGGAAGUGCUUGCACAGAUGACUUCAGAGCACAGAGCAUCAGAACUUCUGCAGAUGAGGACAUUCCUAGCAUCCACACUUUUGUUGCAGGAUUGAAGGAGAUGGCCCAGGAGGAGUAUGAGAAGCAACUAGUUGAUGCUCAGGUUCAGGAGACAGAGGCAAUGACUGGUGAAUAUGAUAAAAGUUCAAAGGACGUAGGGUUGGAUCCUAUGCAUGAACCAUUGGAAACUCCUCGCAAUUGGCCUCUUGAAUUUGAGAGACAGCAGAGAGCAAUACUGGAACUCUGGCAAACUUGCAAUGUCUCAUUGGUCCACCGAACUUACUUUUUCUUGCUCUUUCAAGGCGAUCCCACUGAUUCCAUAUACAUGGAAGUGGAGCUUAGGAGACUUUCCUUCCUCAAGGAAACAUUUUCUCAAGGUAAUCAGGGUGUGGGAGGUGGUCGGACUCUCACAUUAGCUUCAAGCAUCAAGGCUCUUCAUCGUGAGAGAGGGAUGCUAAGCAAGAUGAUGAACAAGAGGUUUUCAGAAGAAGAGAGAAACAGACUUUACAAGAAGUGGGGUAUUGGGCUGAGCUCAAAGCGAAGAAGGCUGCAGUUGGCUAACCGCAUAUGGAGCAACACAAAGGACAUUGACCAUGUAAUGGAAAGUGCUGCCGUUGUUGCAAAGCUGGUCAGAUUUGUAGAACAGGGACAAGCUCUCAAGGAGAUGUUUGGGCUUAGCUUUACUCCCCCGACCUCAAGCACAAAGCGAAGGUCUUUGGGAUGGACAUACAGCAAGUCAUCCCUUUUAUAGGCUUCUUUUUUGUGCCACAUAUAUAUACUACACCGAGAGCUGUGAUUUCUUGAAUUAGAUAGGCCCCUUUAUCAUUGUUUUCAUGAAUGAAAUCAUAAACAAAUAACUUCUGUGAUUGUUAGAGUUGUAAAAAUUGUAGGAGUUUGAAUCGUGUUUAAAGUUGAAGCGGGUUUUGUUUUGCUCA